CGGCGCUAGGCCCACGAGUCUUGGCGGAGAGUCGAGGAGAAGAGAGAGAGCUCCCCGGCCUGAAGAGGAGGAAGGCAGCGAAAGCGGAUCUGAUGUCCCAAGGCAAGUCCUUAUCGUGAUUAAAAGGAAUGAAAGUGUCUACUGUCAGUUGCUAGGUUUUGACUCCAGACUAUAAUCCUGUUCAUAAAAAUCCAGGGAUUUUUGACUACAAGGCUUAAUGAAAGUCUCACUCAAAUGAACUGUGCUGAGUCUGGUAGUUUAUAUAUUUGAACAACUAACUUCUCUUGGAGAGGUGUGUGCAUGCAUAUAUACGUGUAUGGGAGAAACUCGACACACGAUGGGAGACGACAGUGAGUGGGUGAAACUACCUGUCGAUCAGAAAUGUGAACACAAGCUGUGGAAAGCAAGAUUAAGUGGAUAUGAAGAGGCCCUGAAGAUUUUCCAGAAAAUAAAGGAUGAAAAGAGUCCUGAAUGGUCCAAAUACUUAGGAUUGAUCAAAAAAUUUGUGACCGAUUCCAAUGCAGUGGUUCAACUCAAGGGAUUAGAAGCUGCACUUGUCUAUGUUGAAAAUGCUCAUGUGGCUGGAAAGACCACAGGAGAAGUUGUGUCAGGGAUUGUAAGUAAAGUGUUCAACCAGCCAAAAGCCAGAGCAAAGGAGCUUGGCAUAGAGAUCUGUUUGAUGUAUAUAGAGAUUGAAAAGGGGGAGGCCGUGCAAGAAGAGCUUCUGAAGGGCUUGGACAGCAAGAACCCUAAAAUCACAGUGGCCUGUAUAGAGACGCUGAGGAAAGCCCUCAGUGAAUUUGGUUCAAAAAUUAUCUUACUGAAGCCAAUUAUCAAAGUGUUGCCAAAACUCUUUGAGUCACGAGAAAAGGCCAUUCGAGAUGAGGCCAAAUUAAUUGCAGUGGAGAUUUACAGAUGGAUUCGGGAUGCUCUGAAAGCUCCGCUACAAAAUAUAAACUCUGUCCAGUUGAAGGAACUAGAAGAAGAAUGGUGCAAACUGCCCCCAGGGGCUCCUAAACCUACUCGGUUCCUGCGCUCCCAGCAGGAGUUGGAAGCAAAGUUGGAACAGCAGCAGUCUGCUGGAGGAGAUGCUGAGGGAGGAGGUGAUGAUGGUGAUGAAGUGCCACAAAUAGACGCUUAUGAGCUAUUAGAAGCUGUGGAGAUACUUUCUAAGCUUCCCAAAGACUUUUAUGACAAAAUUGAGGCUAAAAAAUGGCAAGAGAGAAAAGAAGCGCUGGAGGCUGUAGAAAUACUGGUGAAAAACCCCAAACUGGAAGCUGGAGAUUAUUCAGAUUUAGUAAAAGCACUGAAGAAGGUUGUUGGAAAGGACACUAAUGUCAUGUUGGUGGCUUUGGCAGCAAAAUGUCUUACCGGGCUUGCUGUUGGACUCAGGAAGAAGUUUGGUCAAUAUGCAGGCCAUGUGGUGCCGACCAUCCUGGAAAAGUUUAAAGAGAAGAAGCCUCAGGUAGUCCAGGCCCUCCAGGAAGCCAUUGAUGCCAUCUUCCUAACUACUACUCUGCAGAGCAUCAGUGAGGAUAUUUUAGCUGUGAUGGACAACAAAAAUCCAACCAUCAAACAGCAAACAUCCCUUUUUAUUGCAAGAAGUUUCCGACACUGUACUUCUUCCACGCUGCCUAAGAGUCUGCUCAAGCCCUUUUGUGCUGCUCUCCUGAAGCACAUCAAUGAUUCUGCCCCUGAAGUUAGAGAUGCUGCCUUUGAAGCGUUGGGUACAGCUUUGAAAGUGGUUGGUGAGAAAGCAGUAAACCCUUUUCUAGCUGAUGUGGACAAACUCAAGCUUGAUAGGAUCAAAGAAUGUUCAGAGAAGGUAGAGCUGGUAUAUGGCAAAAAAGCAGGAGCCACAGCUGAUAAAAGAGAGUCCAAAGCGCUUCCUGGGAAGACUGUUGCUUCAGGAGCUGCAGGAGAUAAGGAUGUGAAAGAUGCUGCAGCACCCAAAUCAGGGCCUGUGAAAAAGGCAUCUGUCACCAAGGCUAGUGGACCACCUAAGAAGGGAAAACCAGCCACAUCUGGAGCUACUGGGGGUGCUGGAUCUAAGAACAAGAAAGGCCCGGAUGUCAAAGAGAUCGUGGAGCCUGAGCUUUCGGUAGAAGUAUGUGAGGAGAAAGCUUCGGUCGUCCUUCCACCUACUUGCCUCCAGCUGCUUGAUAGUGGUAACUGGAAGGAACGACUGGCCUGCAUGGAGGAGUUCCAGAAGGCUGUUGAGCUAAUGGACCGAACUGAAAUGCCAUGUCAGGCAUUGGUGAGGAUGCUGGCUAAGAAGCCAGGAUGGAAAGAAACCAACUUUCAGGUGAUGCAGAUGAAGCUUCACAUUGUUGCUUUGGUUGCUCAGAAGGGAAAUUUUUCCAAAACUUCAGCUCAGGUUGUCCUGGAUGGUCUUGUGGAUAAAAUUGGAGAUGUGAAAUGUGGCAACAAUGCAAAGGAGGCUCUGACAGCAAUUGCAGAAGCGUGUCUGCUCCCGUGGACAGCUGAGCAGGUCAUGUCAAUGGCUUUCUCACAGAAAAAUCCCAAAAAUCAAUCAGAAACUUUGAACUGGCUAUCCAAUGCAAUAAAGGAAUUUGGUUUUUCUGGGUUAAAUGUCAAAGCUUUCAUUAGCAAUGUGAAAACAGCCCUUGCUGCUACAAAUCCAGCUGUGAGGACCUCUGCCAUCACCCUUCUUGGGGUAAUGUAUCUGUAUGUGGGCCCUUCUUUGCGAAUGUUCUUUGAGGAUGAGAAAACAGCCCUCCUCUCUCAGAUAGAUGCAGAGUUUGAAAAGAUGCAGGGUCAAACCCCUCCUGCCCCAACAAGAGGAACUACUAAAAACACUGGGGGUGGUACAGAUGAAGGAGAAGAUGGCGAUGAGCCAGACGAAGGUGGCAGUGAUGUUGUAGAUCUCUUGCCAAGGGUAGAAAUCAGUGAUAAAAUCACCUUGGAGCUGGUAUCUAAGAUUGGGGACAAGAAUUGGAAAAUUCGGAAGGAAGGCUUGGAUGAAGUGUCCAGUAUCAUUAAUGAAGCAAAGUUCAUACAGCCUAACAUUGGUGAACUUCCAGCUGCAUUGAAGGGCCGACUCAAUGAUUCAAAUAAAAUCUUGGUGCAGCAAACAUUGAACAUCCUGCAACAGUUGGCGGUAGCCAUGGGCCCAAACGUCAAGCAGCAUGUGAAGAACUUGGGCAUCCCUAUUAUCACAGUUCUUGGAGACAGCAAGAACAAUGUUCGAGCUGCUGCUCUAGCCACUGUGAAUGCCUGGGCAGAACAGACUGGCAUGAAGGAGUGGCUAGAGGGAGAGGAUCUAUCUGAGGAGCUCAAAAAGGAGAAUCCUUUCCUAAGGCAGGAGCUGCUAGGUUGGCUGGCGGAAAAGCUUCCUGCUCUCCGCUCCACUCCCACAGACCUCAUCCUGUGUGUCCCUCAUUUGUACUCAUGCUUGGAGGAUCGGAAUGGAGAUGUACGGAAAAAGGCCCAGGAUGCCUUGCCAUUCUUCAUGAUGCAUCUGGGCUACGAGAAGAUGGCCAAGGCCACUGGGAAACUCAAGCCAACUUCCAAGGACCAGGUACUGGCCAUGCUAGAGAAAGCUAAAGUCAACAUGCCAGCCAAACCUGCUGCCCCUGCGAAAACAUCCUCCAAACCUGCGGGAGGGGCAGGUCCAGCCAAAUUCCAACCUGUAUCAGCACCUGUGGAAGAUUCCAUGUCCAGCCCUGCAGAGUCCAAGCCUGACCCUAAAAAAGCCAGAGGUGGAGGGGUUUCCUCAAAAGCCAAGGGUGUACAAGGAAAGAAGAUGCCAAGUAAAGCUAGCUUAAAAGAAGAAGACGAUAGGUCUGGUCCUAUUUUCAUUGUUGUACCAAACGGGAAGGAGCAAAGGAUGAAGGAUGAAAAGGCAUUAAAGGUGCUGAAAUGGAAUUUCACCACUCCCCGAGAUGAGUACAUCGAGCAGUUAAAGAUGCAGAUGUCCAGCUGCGUGGCCAGAUGGUUACAAGAUGAGAUGUUUCACUCAGACUUUCAGCAUCACAACAAAGCCCUGGCUGUUAUGGUUGAUCACUUGGAGAGUGAGAAGGAAGGUGUCAUUAGUUGCCUGGAUCUUAUCCUGAAGUGGCUUACCCUGAGGUUCUUUGAUACCAACACCAGUGUCCUCAUGAAAGCUCUGGAGUACCUGAAGUCACUCUUUACUCUGCUGAGCGAUGAAGAGUACCACCUGACUGAGAAUGAGGCUUCUUCCUUCAUCCCCUAUCUCGUCCUCAAGGUUGGGGAGCCAAAAGAUGUUAUUCGCAAAGAUGUUCGUGCCAUCCUAAACCGGAUGUGCCUUGUCUAUCCAGCCAGCAAAAUGUUCCCUUUUAUCAUGGAAGGAACCAAGUCCAAGAAUUCCAAGCAGCGAGCAGAAUGCUUGGAAGAGCUAGGUUGUCUGGUUGAAUCCUAUGGCAUGAAUGUUUGCCAGCCAACCCCAGGAAAAGCCUUAAAGGAGAUGGCUAUCCACAUUGGCGAUCGCGACAACACCGUUCGCAAUGCUGCCCUCAACACCAUUGUGACGGUCUACAAUGUGCAUGGGGAUCAAGUGUUCAAACUCAUUGGAAAUCUUUCUGAAAAGGACAUGAGCAUGCUUGAGGAGAGGAUUAAGCGAUCAGCAAAGAGGCCAGCGGCUGCCCCGAUAAAACAGGUGGAAGAGAGACCUCAGCGAACUCAGAACUUGAACUCCAAUGCCAACAUGUUACGCAAGGGGCCAGCUGAGGACAUGUCCUCCAGACUCAACCAAGCUCGCAGCUUAAGUGGGCACUCUGAGGCGGCCCAUACAGUACCCCGCGAAUUCCAGCUGGACCUAGAUGAAAUAGAAAAUGAUAACGGUACCGUCCGAUGUGAGAUGCCAGCCCUGGUCCAGCACAAACUGGAUGACAUUUUUGAGCCAGUCCUUAUCCCCGAACCCAAGAUUCGGGCUGUUUCUCCCCAUUUUGAUGACAUGCACAGUAAUACAGCAUCCACAAUCAACUUCAUUAUCUCCCAAGUUGCCAGUGGUGACAUCAACACCAGCGUCCAGGCCCUAACCCAGAUCGAUGAGGUCCUGAGACAGGAAGACAAAUCAGAAGCUAUGUCUGGCCACAUCGACCAGUUCCUGAUUGCCACCUUCAUGCAGCUAAGACUAAUCUAUCACACGCAUAUGGCAGACGAAAAACUCGAUAAGGAUGAGAUCAUCAAGCUAUAUAGCUGUAUCAUUGGAAACAUGAUUUCACUGUUUCAGAUGGAAAACCUCGCCCGGGAGGCCUCCACUGGUGUCCUGAAGGACCUGAUGCAUGGGCUCAUUACUUUAAUGCUGGACUCUCGGAUUGAAGAUCUCGAGGAAGGACAGCAAGUUUUCCGUUCCGUCAACCUCUUGGUAGUGAAGGUGCUAGAGAAAUCAGACCAGACCAAUAUCCUAAGUGCCCUGCUCGUUCUGCUCCAGGACAGCCUUCUAGCAACAGCUGGUUCUCCCAAGUUCUCUGAGCUUGUCAUGAAGUGUCUCUGGAGAAUGGUUCGACUUCUCCCUGAUACCAUCAACAGCAUUAAUCUGGACAGGAUUCUCCUGGAUAUCCACAUCUUCAUGAAAGUCUUCCCCAAGGAGAAACUGAAGCAAUGUAAAAGUGAAUUCCCUAUUCGGACCCUGAAAACUCUUCUGCAUACCCUCUGCAAGCUAAAGGGGCCCAAGAUCCUGGACCACCUCACCAUGAUUGACAACAAAAAUGAGUCUGAGCUGGAAGCUCAUCUGUGCAGGAUGAUGAAGCACAGUCUGGACCAAAUGGGAAGCAAGUCCGAUAAGGAAACAGAAAAGGGAGCGUCUCGGAUGGAUGAAAAAUCAUCAAAGGCCAAAGUGAGUGACUUCUUAGCUGAAAUCUUUAAAAAGAUUGGCUCCAAAGAGAACACUAAGGAGGGCCUAGCAGAGCUGUAUGAAUACAAGAAGAAAUACUCUGAUGCAGAUAUUGAACCCUUCCUGAAAAACUCCUCUCAGUUCUUCCAGAGCUAUGUAGAGCGAGGCCUCCGGGUGAUAGAAAUGGAGAGGGAAGGCAAAGGACGCAUUACCUCUUCAACAGGGAUUUCUCCUCAGAUGGAGGUAUCGUGUGUCCCCACUCCUACAAGCACAGUGUCCUCUGUGGGAAACACAAACGGAGAGGAGGUCGGCCCCUCCGUCUACCUGGAACGGCUGAAGAUCCUGCGGCAGCGAUGUGGUCUCGAGAACACCAAGCAGGACGACAGGCCUUCCCUGACCCUGCUCUCCAAGCCGUCGGUGCCCACAGUGGUCUCCUCCACAGACAUGCUCCACAGUAAGCUCUCUCAGAUCCGGGAGUCCCGGGAACAGCACCAGCACCUCGACCUGGAUUCCAACCAGAUGCAUUCGGCCACCACCUCCUCCUCCUCCUCCUCCUCCUCCACAGCUGCUAACAUUGAUGACUUGAAAAAAAGACUGGAGAGAAUAAAGAGCAGUCGCAAAUGAGCCCCCCACGCACUCCCCGGCUUUAGUUCACCCAACUCGAAGUCUUCAUAGUUAAAGCAGCCUGCCUGGGCCUAGGCAAUACAAACUGGUUUUCUGUCUAACACUGCGGAUCUUGGGGGAGGACGGAGUCCUUGUGGCACAAGUCUCUUUGUACAUACUCUGCUUCUCUCCGUGAGCAUCCUGCCCAUAGAAGACUAUCUGUGUAUUAGUUUAGUGUACAGACCUGUAAACAGCCGCCCUUCUCUGCUCAGACUGUGUUCUAAUCCCUUUUUUUAAUUGCUAUUAUUUGUAAAGUUGACUUAAUAUUUCCUAGCUCUUGACUAUUAGAAACUCUUUAGUGGUUUUCCUUUGAGUUUGUGAGCUCUCCUCUGUAACCCUAAAGGGUCGGUCUAUUCUGUAUGGACGCAUGGCAUGAUAAAGCUAAUUUAAGUGUCUUUUGUAAAUAAAGUUUGCAUUAACUCUAACUGUCUACCAGGAACCAACGCCGUAGUUGGAAAGGCGGAGCUCUCUGUUGCCUGGAACAUCUGUGACUUAGCCAGCCACAGGCAGAUGGGUCACUUCCGGUGCAGUGUGACUCCCGGACACAGGACAUGCACCCCGUCUACCUGACGCCCCCAGAGGCUCCAGGAAGCUCCUGCCCCCUCUGUUAGGGGCUCCGUCCUCAGCUCCUGCGCUGGCUUUCCAGCUGCUGCCUGCGCUCGUGGAGCUCAGUUGAGUUCUUGGCUCUGCGAGCUCAUCACUCUAGCGCUGUUCACCUUGUCUGCAGAUUAAGAGCAGCCUCUCCUGUGACUGUGGUACAUCUGCCCUUGGGCGUCUCACCGCUUGCCCAUCUACCCAUGGGUCCCAGGACAAUGCCAGGGGCUCACUCAGUAGAAGCGGUUGUUCUCAGGAUCCUUUGGGUGAAACCCCUAGGAUACAGGCCUGCGAACUGGGGAGCAGCGUGGAAUGCGGCUCUUCAGGGGCCAUCUCAGUGGCUGCCUCAGGGCCCGUUGGAAUGAGGAUGGCCUCUCUGCUCAGUGAGGCAAAUGUGAAUGGAAUCCGUCAGUUCUUAUCUCAGGAGUGCUGUAAGUCCUCCCCAACACUUAAAUCAUAAUAAAGGAGACUAAAGACCA